AUGAAUUCGUUUGAAAAGCAUGGCCUCGAUGAAGCCGCUUUUGGUGACAAGGGCCUCUCGGGGCUGAGGACAUUUGAUGCAUUUCCCAAAACCAAACCGAGCUAUACCUCUGCCACCGCCCGCGGUGGACAAUGGACCUUGGCGAUCAUCAUCCUCUGUACAUGUCUAACAUUCAGCGAACUACGAACAUGGUACGCUGGGACAGAAACACAUCAUUUCUCCGUCGAACGCGGCGUCGGCCAUGAGCUCCAACUGAACCUCGACAUCGUGGUUGCAAUGCCGUGUCGAGAUCUCCACGUCAACGUUCAGGAUGCGGCAAUGGACCGCAUCAUGGCCGGCGACCUGCUCAAGAAGGAAGACACCAACUUCGAAAUCUGGACAGAUCCGCGCAAGUUCCUGCGCCUGCGCAAACAGAAGAGGGCAAUCUACCAAGGGCUCAACGCGGCAGAUAGGGCGCGCAAGAAGGCCGAAGAGGAAGAUUCACACGUCGGUCAUGUUCUGGGUCACAUGCGCGAGAAUAAAGGCAGGAAAUUCCAAAAAUCCCCUCGUCUCCAGCGCCAGAUGAAGAUCGAUUCCUGUCGCAUCUACGGGUCUCUCGAGGGUAACAAGGUCCAAGGAGACUUCCACAUCACCGCUCGGGGGCACGGAUACAUAGAAUUCGGCAUGCAACAGCACCUGGACCACGCGUCGUUCAACUUCUCGCACCACAUCAACGAACUUUCCUUCGGCCCUCACUAUCCGAAUCUGCUCAACCCGCUCGACAAGACCAGCGACACCACCGAGGCCCAUUUCAUGCGAUAUCAAUACUACCUGAGCAUUGUGCCGACGAUCUUCACGAAACGUCGCGUGUCGACGAAGUCAGGUAGUCUGGAUCCCGCGGCGAUCCCCCAACCACCCACGCUCGACAUGACGCCCAACACACACCGCGACAAGGACGGCGUCGUCCGGCACGUCCCUAACCCACGCUCCGGCGCCGACCCCAAAUCCAUAUUCACAAACCAGUACGCUGCAACGUCGCAGUCGCGCGAAGUUCCCGCCAACACAGUUCCGGGGAUAUUCUUCAAAUAUGACAUCGAGCCUAUUCUUUUGAUUGUCAGCGAGCAGCGCCCCAGCUUUUUGGCCUUGCUCGUGCGUAUUGUCAAUGUCAUUUCUGGCGUCCUCGUCGGGGGAGGCUGGCUAUUCCAGCUCACGGAAUGGGGGUAUGAGGUCUGGGGCAAGAGGAGACACCGUACAAAUACGGGUGGUCUGGGUGUUAUCAAUGGUGAUUUAAAUGGGGAUUUGGAUUUGAAGCCAUGA